UUACCUGUCAUCUAGCGCCUACACGUGGCGAAUGUUUUUACUGCUUAUUUUGAUUCAUCAUUGAAGACGCGCCACUGUUUUGUUUUUCGAAGAUUCAUCAUGGCAAUGCAUGCAAAAGCGACACCACCACAGAUUCCCGACACACGUCGGGAACUCUCGGAGCUGGUCAAGAGGAAACAAGAACUUGCGGAGACGUUGGUGAACUUGGAGAGACAGAUCUAUGCAUUUGAGGGCAGCUACUUGGAAGAUACCCAGAUGUAUGGGAACAUCAUCAGAGGAUGGGACAGAUAUCUCACCAACCAAAAAAAUUCCAACAGCAAGACGGACAGAAGAAACCGAAAGUUCAAGGAGGCAGAGCGUCUGUUCAGCAAGUCCUCCGUCACUUCUGUAGCAGCUGUCUGUGCACUCGGUGGGAUACCAGAUCACAUGAAUGAAAAGCAGAGUGACACGUCCCCAGACCUCCAAAACCAGGAGAAUGAGCCCAGUCAGGAGGACACCGAGGAUGCAGACGGGGCCCUGCAGGACCUCAAACCUCAGAAGGCUGUAUCCUCUUCCUCAGGCAGUCACCACGGAAGCCACAAGAAGAGGAAGAACAAAAACAGACACAGCCCUUCUGCCAUGUUUGAUUAUGACUUUGAGUCAAGUUCCCCUAAUCCAGUUAUGAAAAAAGCUGCUCUUCCUGCCAAAAUGAGAUGGGGAGGUCAAAGAUUUGACAUGAAAGUGAACAAAAAACCCAGAGUGGAUUAUUCGACUUGAUCAGGUGGCCAGACAGAAAAGGUCUACUGUGAAGCAGAGAGCCCCUCUGAACUUUAACUGUCUUUACGUACAUUGUGUACAUUGCAUGAAACAUUGCCUCUCACCUGCUAUCAGAAAUAUUUAUGUUUCAUGAUUUUCCUGCAGACAAGGUGUGUUAUUGCAUGUUACUCAAGACGCAGGUGGGGGUUGGAUAACACACCUUAUUGUAUAGGGUUGAAAAUUCACUAUUUAUUAUGUAACUCCCACCAUUUUUCUCUCCUUGUAUCAAAAAGUUGUUUUACUUCGUAUUAGUCAUUGUGUAGUUUUGUAGCUCUAGAAUAUCCCAGCUUCUUUUUAAUAUUUUGUUUUAUUUUGAAAUUUGUUUUGCAUAAGAUUGUAAUAAAACCUUGAAAUUACAA